AUGAUAUCAAGCCUGGUUAAAUCGGGUACAUCCAAAAUCGCCGGGGUCGUGACAUCGAGAGCCCAUUUGGCGAGUGCAGAUGGUGUGUACGCCCUGAACAAGAUUAAACUGGGCGAGACAGCGCUGGAUGCUCUGGAAAGUCCAAACCUGAAAAAGCUGGCCGAGUACAUUUCUGAAUACAAUUCGAGGCAUCUGGGCAAGACUAUCUCGUUGCUUAGAGUUCUUACGACUCGGUAUGCUGACGAUGCUGUGGCGAAAGCCCUCGUAACUGCGAUGGGGCGCACCAACACGGCUGAAUUGGCGACAAAACUGCAAAAGCAGCAGAUGAAUGGUUGGCUGGACAGCCAGAAGUCCUUUGAUUAUGUUAUGGGAAAACUGAAGAUUGCUGACGACUGGAACCUAACUAUGUCGAGUCGGAGCUUGGACGCGUUGGACGAAUAUAUCAAGCUAUUCAACGUUCGAUACCCACUAGCUAAAACCGAUAUCACGACGGAACUUGCAAAUCGUUUCGGUGGCGAAGCCAAAUUCGCCCGUUUAGUUGCAAUUGCUUUGCAAGUGCCACAGUCAAGACGAGUGUACGUCAAAGCGGAAAAAUUCCAAAAUGCUCUGUUUAAGCAGUGGAAGGAUCGCAAUUUAGACCCUAUGGGUGUUCUAGUCCAAGUCGUCAAUGUGAAGGAGACUAAGGUGGUUUCUGCUAGUUCUGCCUUGAAAAAUGUUCUCGAGCGUUACAAGAGAGUGGCCCCGUCGAAUGUAUUUUUGUAA